GUAUACAUGUUUUGUCUAGUGCAUUUUGUUAUGCAACCGUUCCUUGGUUCGCGCUGAAAUAUUAUGCUUUAUCAGUUUAAAUCAAUAUUUACAUAGUAGCGUUUAUAUACACAGGACUAACUCGUUUAAAACUUUCAUUGCACGAAACCCCUUUUUUGUGAGAUGCAGUGAGAGAAAUCCCUUGUUUACUGCGUAAACUACGAAAGAAAUAAAGAUUUUAGCGCAGAUAGCCUCAGUGGACGCCACCGUACGUUCCCUCCAAAAGGGGGAGGGGUCGUGUUUUCCUGACGGUCUACCAAUCCAUCUGUCCAAAGUGACUGUACUUACAUGCCAGGAAACUGUGUGCUUCGAGACAGAAAGCAGUAGUUUGACAAAAUAUUUAACACGUGUACAGCCCUCUCUUACACGACCGUUGCAUUUAUUGUAACCAACACGCCAGCUUAUUUCAAAAUGUCUCUGUAGUCCUAUAACGCCUAUAUCCUGGUCUAAGUGUGGAUAAACCCACUCUAAACUAAAAUAACUACCAUACCCCUGUUUAGUCUCUGCGCCUUCGACAGUUCAGUUGAUUUUAUCGCAUAGAUGUCACCCUAAAACACGUUCGGUGGAUCAACCUAAUAGUUCCUGUAACCCCACCCAGUUUGUGAUCGACCGCUGAUUGGUCGUCAGUGUCGCUGUGAGUGUUUUCACAUUCCAUUCCGCGCUUCUAAUUGGUCACCAGUGACGACAAUCCCACACCCAACUCCCACCCACCGAGACAUCAAGUUUGUGAGACUCGCAAUAGCUAGUUUAAGAGGCUAUAGCUGAAUGUGCAGCAAAGACUCCAAGUCUAACUGCGCUCUUUGGUUUAAAUCACUCAUUUAGAGUUCAAUAAGAUGGAUAUGAAAAAGAGAAUUCACCUGGAGUUGCGGAACCGGACGCCGUCAGACGUGAAAGAGCUCGUGCUCGACAAUUGUCGGUCAAACGAGGGCAAAAUUGAGGGCCUCACUGAUGAGUUUGAGGAACUGGAAUUUUUAAGCACAAUCAACGUAGGCUUAACAUCAGUCGCCAAUUUGCCGAAGCUAAACAAACUCAAAAAGCUCGAGCUUAGCGAUAACAGAAUCUCAGGGGGUCUGGAGGUACUGGCAGAGAAAUGUCCCAACCUCACUCAUCUCAACCUCAGCGGCAACAAAAUUAAAGACCUCAGCACCAUCGAACCCCUGAAAAAAUUGGAAAGCCUCAAAAGUUUAGACUUGUUCAACUGUGAGGUGACAAACCUGAAUGACUACAGAGAAAAUGUUUUCAAGCUGCUCCCUCAGUUGACGUACCUCGACGGCUAUGACAAAGAGGAUAAAGAAGCACCCGACUCUGACGCCGAAGCUUACGUCGAAGGCCUAGAUGAUGAUGAGGAUGAUGAAGAUGAGGGAGAAGAGGAGGAGUAUGAUGAAGAUGCAGCUCCAGGAGAUGAAGAUGAAGAGGAGGGAGAGGAGGAUGAUGAGGAAGAGGAGGAAGAAGAGGACAUCAGCGGAGAGGAAGAGGAGGAAGAAGAGUUACAUGAUGGCGAGGUAGAUGAUGAGGAAGACAUUGAGGAGGAGCGGGGUCAGAAGAGGAAAAGAGAGCUGGAUGAGGAAGGGGAGGAAGAUGAUGACUGAACAUGCACUCCCCCUAUUGUGAUCUGACCGUUUAACCCCUGUAUAUCUGUCCUAUUGUCACUCUGCGAUGGUUUGGGGAGGUUUUCAAAUGGUAGGGGGUGGGUUAGUAUAAAGAUUAAAUAUUUGUUUUUAGCUUUUUUGUUGUUGAUGUUGUUGUUGUUUUCUUUUGGUUUGGUUUGUACUUUCAGUUUGAUUCCCUUCAUUUUCGCCAAAAGUUCUUCAAAUGGCUGACAACACCGUGUGGAAAAUUAUUAUUGUUGGAAAAAAAAGACCAGUAUGCUCUUGUAAUUUUCCCCUUGUCUUUACUGUUGAUGCCUAAAUGCUGGUGAUGACUUAUGUAUUAAAAAAGAAAAAACAACCAAAAACCU